UCGUGAAGAUGGUCCCCUUCAACAACUGCACCCUGGAGCAGGACCUCUACAUCUUUCAUCGGGCUGGCUUGCUUAAAUCCAUUAAGAUAAGAUUAGCCACACUCUCAGAUACUUCUGGUGUAGAAAAUCUCGUCAGCACCCUCAUGCUGAGUAAAAGCAUAUUGGAUGACUUAAUUCAGUACAACAAGGCUCGCAAAGACCCUGACAUAGAGUACAUCCGAGCCCAUUACAACAUUGAGGACUUCAUCUACUUCAGCCACCACCAGCGCGAGGAACACGGGCACCUGCAGCACUUUGCCCUCAACCCUACCUUCCGGCACUACACCAAGUUCUUUCUGAAGGAAAUCCUCCGUCUAGGCUACAAGUCCUGCCUCUACUACCCUGUGUACCCAAAGGCCAGGGAGGGCGAGUUCCAGAGCUCUUACGCCCACUCCCUGACAUCUGCCCUUCAUUACUUGGUUCCCGUGCGGCCACGACGACAGAUUGUCUAUCCUCUGGAAAAGCUUGGCAUAAACGCUCCAUCAAAGGCGGUCUCCAAGGAUCUGAUGAGUUAUGCCUUAAACCAUACAAACAGAAAACUAACAUUGGAACCUAAAAUAACUGUCAAUGCCAAGAUUGUUGUGGUUGGUGCAUCCAAUGUUGGAAUUUCCUUCCUAGAGACAUUGGUGUUUUGUUCUCACCUGAAGUUCAGUAAUCUCACUCUGAUUUCAACACACGGACUCCCAGGAAAGAAACUUCUGGGCGCUGAGCAAAGGAAGUUUUUAGCAAGCGACCACUGUUUUAAUGAUAAAGAUUAUGCACUGAUGUCCCUGUGCUCCUGGGUUAACGUCGUGGUUGGUAGAAUGACUGGCAUAGACCGAGCAGCCAAGCACGUCCUGCUUUCCAAGGGUGAGAUCGUGCUGUAUGACCACCUUGUCCUCUGCACCGGGCAGCAGUACCAGGUUCCAUGCCCUACAGAGGCCGAUAUUAGUCAACACCUGACAAACAGAGAGGUUCCACACAGCAGUAAGCGGCGCUACACUGGUCAAGUUCCCUGCAAUCAUUUCACCCUCAACGAUGAAGAGGAUUGCCUUAAGGCACUGACUUGGAUAAGAAACAACUUCAUCGCCACAGAAGGGAAUGUCAUUGUCUACGGGCACACAAUCGACGCGUACACCACUGCGGAGGCGCUCCUGAGCCUCGGCGUGCAGGGCCCCCGCCUCCACCUGGUGCGGCUCCCGCCCUCCUCCGCCGUCAGCUGCCUCAACAACUACGCGGUGGAGGGCGCCGUGGAGGAGGCUCUCGGAGCGGCCGGGGUCACCGUGCACCGGGACGCGCUCCUGGCCCAGUGGAACGACGGCCUGAACCCGGACCCCAUCCGCAGCGCCAGCUUCACCACGCCCACCAAGCCCUUCCGACUGCAGUGCUCUAUAUUCUUCAGCUUCUGUGAGAAGAACGUGGAUUAUGAAACGUUCAAAGCACUCAAUGAUGCCUGUCUUGUCUAUGAUGGUCGCCUGGUGAUUGAUACCAACUUCCACACCAAUGACAUCGCCAUCAGAGCUGCUGGCUCCCUCACCAAAUUCUCCAGUCGAUAUUACUCGAAUGAGUGGACCCACAGCAACUUCAGCUCCAAAGAAAUUGGCUUUCAGCUGGCAGCUGCCAUGCUCAGUCUCUUUGAUCCAACUCUCGAACCUGUGACUGAACCACCUGCUGACCUUGACCAGCUGAUCCCCAUGUAUAAGGGAGCCAAGGUCCAAGGGGGCAUUCUUCCUGGAUCUUACCAUUACCUGCAUGUUACCAAGCCUGCCAUUCCAACUCCCUUGGAGGUACAAAUGGCACAGCCUAAUUAUGGAGUAGAAAUCAUAACAGGUAGUGUGAAAAAUGGCACUUACUUCCGAAUUCAUAUUAACCAGUACAAAAUGGUGGAAACCAUCACGUGCCUGUCAAGGGAGCCCUUCCCUGCCUCCAACUACAUCCGCCUGUUUGGCCAGCAUGAGCAGCUGCUCAACAACCUGUGCGCUCGGUACAAGGACAACCUGGUCACAGAUCUCUACAGCUACUUCACGGAGCCGUGGUGCAUGGCCAUCUUCCAUGAUCGUUUUAUUGAUCUCAGAAAAGAGCUGCGCCAGAUCCUAGCCUCCAAGGAGGAGGAACACCUUCCUUCCAUGGAGCAGCUGGCCUACCAGAUAGAGGACGAGGAAAUAAAUCUGCGCGAGAAGCCCAGCAAGUACCUCACGAGGGUUUUCCGGGAAACCAUCUACAAGAGCCUGAUGGAGCAGCGCGUGCUGGACUACCUGCAGUACAACCGCUACCACCUGCCCAUGUACGCCUGGCCAGGCAUCAUCUAGCCUGUCCCAUGCACUUGCUUCCUAGAAGAGCUCUCUAGAUACAGAAAGGUUCCCUGAAGGCCCCUGUGGUUUGUGGGUCCUUUCUGCCCCAACUCGAGCCUGUAGUUUUCCGUUGCUCCAGUAGGUGGCGCGCGGCCGCGCAUCUUUAUUCCGGGGCAGGGAUGCUUUGCCAACACCAGGCAUGUGCAGAGCAAUCCGUUCUAGCAAUAAAAUGAGAUCAUAUGGUGUGCAA